AUGGGCGGUAAUCGCAUCUUCACCGGUCUUAACGUCAUCCUCGACGGACAGCCUCGCCCCGCGACUGUGAUUGUCGAUGCCGAGACGGGGAAGAUCACCCAGGUACGCGACGGCACCAGUGCUCGCACCGACUUCCCAGACACCACCGAUGCGGACUGGCUUGACGCCGCAGACAAGUACAUCCUCCCAGGCAUUGUCGACGCCCACGUCCACCUCAACGAGCCCGGGCGCACCGACUGGGAGGGCUUUUGGACGGGCACGCGCGCGGCCGCGUCCGGCGGUGUGACGACCGUCGUCGACAUGCCCCUCAAUUCCAUUCCGCCCACCACAACGGUGGCCAACUUGGAAGAGAAGCGCGCCGCCGCCCGUGGCCAAUGCUGGACUGAUGUCGCUUUCUGGGGCGGCGUCAUUCCUGGAAACCAGGCACACUUGAAGCCGCUCAUUGACGCGGGUGUCAAGGGCUUCAAGUGCUUUCUCAUCGAGAGCGGCGUCGACGAGUUCCCUUGCGUAAACGAGAGUGACCUCCGCCUCGCAAUGGACGAGAUCAAGGACACCUCCACCGUGCUCUGCUUCCACGCCGAGCUCGAGACCACGCCCGCGCCCGCGGCCCCCACAGAGCCCGCAGAGCCCGCAGACCCCACGCUCUACUCGACCUUCCUCGCCUCCCGCCCGCCCUCGCUCGAAGUCGCCGCGAUCGCGCUCAUCACGCGCCUGCACGCGCAGCACCCCGCGCUCCGCCUCCACGUCGUCCACCUCUCCGCCGCCGCGGCGCUCCCGCUCGUGCGCGCCGCCCAGGCCGCGCGCCUGCCGCUCACGGUCGAGACGUGCUUCCACUACCUCGCGCUCGCCGCGGGCGCGGUCCCGCGCGGCCGCCCCGAGUUCAAGUGCUGCCCGCCGAUCCGCGACGAGGCGAACCGCGACGCGCUCUGGGCCGCGCUCGCGGACGGCACCGUCGACUGCGUGGUGAGCGACCACAGCCCGUGCGUCGCGGCGCUGAAGCGGACCGAGGACGGGGACGUGAUGCGCGCGUGGGGCGGGAUCAGCACGCUCGGGCUCGGGCUCGGGCUGCUGUGGACGGAGGCGCGCAGGCGGGGGUUUGGCAUUGAGAGCAUCGUGGAGUGGCUGUGCGUGCGCACGGCGAGGCAUGCGGGGCUCGCGGAGAGGAAAGGGAGGAUCGCAGAGGGGUUCGAUGCGGACUUGGUGGUGUGGGACCCGGACGCGACGUUCCAGGUGACGAAGGAGUCGCUGAACUUCAAGAACAAGCUGACGCCGUAUGAGGGCCUCGAGUUGACCGGGAAGGUGCUCAAGACGUUCGUGCGCGGUAAGAUGGUCUACAACGCCGCGGAAGCGGAUGGGUUCAAGGGGCUUGAGCCUGUGGGCGUGCUUCUCUAG